AUGAGACUCCUCCAGAUCACCUCCUUCGCCGGGCUUCUCGCCUCUGCUCAGGCUGGCAAGCAUUGGGGCACUGGUACCGGAGGCCCCACGGGUGGUGCUCCGCCCACGAGCACGGAGUGGACGACCGUCGUCGUGCCCACUUACACCACAUACUGCCCGUCUCCCACUACCUGGGCUUGGAACAAUGUGACCUACACUGUCACUUCUGCCACGACCAUCACCUUGCCUUGCCCAUGUACCCUGUCGGUCACCACUCCUCCGCCCAUCACCACCACCUCCACCUACACGACUGAGGUGCCUUGUGAGACCACAACCCUUCCGUCAGGCGGCGUUCCUUACCCGAGCGUUAACUCCACCGUCGUGAUUCCUCCGCCUGUCACCAUCCCCAGCGGCACCCCUACCCCCGGUGCCCCUGGUGCCCCAACGACACCUCUGCCGGGUUCCUCUAGCACGGUGACCUCGACGACCGUGAUUGUUAGCACACCUCCACCGUCGACCUACCUGUCCGGAACCACUCCCAUCGGCGGCGGCGUCCCAGCUCCAACCCCUACCACUUUCGCCACCACUGCGCCUACGAACACGCCCGUGGCUCCCACUUCGUCUCCUGCCGGUGUCGUCACUGCGGGUGCUCCCAAGAUGGGAUCUCAGGCCGGUGCUCUCGGCUUGGUCGCCGGUAUUGCGGCCCUCGUUCUCUAA